CAAGGAGCUUGUUCUUUCAAGUCCCAAGAUUAUCUCAUUCUCUCACUAGCCGAUCCCUCCCUCUCUCUCUCUCACUACUUUUUUAUUAAAUCCCAGAAACAGGUGAUUUCUUCUCAUUUAUAUAUCAAUAUUUUAUUAUUGUUGUUUUAAAAUUCUCUCCAGUGUCUUCUCCUAAACUUCUUUAUUUUACCAUCUACUCUUUAGAACUCUCUCUCUCUCUCUCUCUCUUUAUAAUAACCUAACCCAUCUACCCAAAUUCUCUCCUCACCUUUCACCAUGGCCGACCCCUACUCUAAUUUCUUCAAUGGUUGGUUCAACUUCAACCCUCUUCUUCACCACUUUUCUUCCUCCACAUCCUCUUCCAACCCAUCUCAUCAUAUUCCUUACGCCUACAACUACUACCCCAAUAAUCUAAUCAGCAGCAGCAGCAGCAACAACACCUUUGUUCACUAUCAGUCGCCGCCUCCUUCUCCUCCCCUCAGGGAAGCUCUUCCCCUCCUUAGCUUAAGUCCAUCUAGACAUGUAGAAGAAGAAGAAGAGCCCUCCUGCAGCGCCAUGGAUGAGGACAAGAACAAGACGAAAGAUGAGAGUUUUUCUAGUACUGCUGACGACGAAACCGUGACUGUUGCCCUACAUAUUGGGCUCCCCAGCCCUAGUGCUGCUGAUCUGAUCUCUAGGGUCUCUUCCUCUACAGAAAUGACAGACAGGGAAGAAGUUACUGUUGCUUCAGGAUUCACAACGACCAGACUCAACAAGGGUCAAUACUGGAUCCCUACCCCUUCUCAGAUACUCAUUGGUCCUACACAGUUCUCAUGCCCUGUUUGCGGCAAGACCUUCAAUAGAUACAAUAACAUGCAGAUGCAUAUGUGGGGGCAUGGAUCUCAGUAUAGAAAAGGGCCCGAGUCGCUAAGGGGCACCCAGCCUACAGCCAUGCUGAGGCUGCCUUGCUAUUGCUGUGCACCAGGGUGCAGGAACAAUAUCGAUCACCCAAGAGCCAAACCACUCAAGGAUUUCAGAACCCUGCAGACCCAUUACAAGAGAAAGCAUGGAAUCAAGCCUUUCAUGUGCAGAAAAUGUGGGAAGGCCUUUGCAGUGAGGGGUGACUGGAGAACCCACGAGAAGAACUGUGGGAAGCUGUGGUACUGCAUUUGUGGGUCUGAUUUCAAGCACAAGAGAUCUCUCAAGGACCAUAUCAAGGCCUUUGGGCAUGGCCACGCAGCUUACGGCAUUGACUGCUUUGAAGAAGAAGAUGAACCUGCGUCAGAAAUCGAACAAGAUGAUGAAUCCUCACAGUGAUACUCAGAUGACGAAGGUCUAUAAGGUUAAUUAUAAGUGAUUAAGUAUUUCGUCUUGUGAGCUAGCUGGUACUCGGCCUAGACAGUUUUUUCUCUGAGUAAGAACAGAUUAAUUAACGUCUAAAUUACUUGUGAGAGCUGUUUUUCUUUCCCUUUUUUUCCUUCUUUUGUUACUAAUUAAUCCUAGUAUCAGAUAGACAAAUACGUACAUCAAUGUAAGCCCAAGUUCCUGUAAAUCCAUUAUUUGGUUUAGCUUUCA